CAGCGCAAAUGUCUAAAUUUCCGCGCGAAGUACACGGAGGAAUUUUGAACUCUCGACAAUUAUCUUGUUUUUAUAAGCCCAAUUUUGUUGAACCACUGGCUAUAAACCAACGUUCCAAGCCCAAUCAUGACUGCAUUUGUGAUUACCGGUAUAUCGUUGUUGCUUGUGCUAUUUCACUCCGCUGAAGCUCAGCAGAUUUCAACAUCCUGUGAUGUUCAAUGUUCCUACAAGGAAGACGUGCACGAGGCCAACUGUGAGAGGAGACUACUCAACUCGAUACCCAUCGAAUGUAGUCAAUCUACAUAUUUGUCACUACGUGAUAAUCUGAUCACCGAGAUCAAACCUGGAGUAUUCAGAUAUUUCCUUUCUUUGAAGAUCCUCAUUCUGUCUCGUAAUAACAUUUAUCAAAUCCAUGCAAAUGCAUUUAAUGGUGCAUAUCAACUGAAGUACAUCAAGUUACUCUACAACAACCUAUAUACCAUCAGUCGGGAUGCACUAAAUGGCACAGAGAACCUCCGUUCCAUCCACCUGGGAAGGAAUUACCUCAGUUCCAUAGAGGAGGGGACCUUUCAACUAGCACUGCAACUAGAGCUCAUCAACCUCUCCUGGAACCACCUGACUUAUCUCAGUCCUGCUGUAUUCCGACACUUAAAGAACCUGAAUCGUCUUUACCUCGGCAAGAACAAGCUUGUUGAUCUUCCUGAAGGCAUCUUCAAGGACCAGUCAUCCUUGAUCUACUUAGACCUUUCCAACAAUUUGUUAUCCAGCCUACCAUUUAACCUUUUCACAAAUUUGUUACAAUUACAUACACUGGAUCUAUCUGCAAACAGAUUAAUGGUCAUUACUUUUACUCUUUCAAACAUUCAUGUUUUAAAGUUGCAAAACAAUGAACUAAAACAUCUUGGCAGUGCUUCCCUGGAAAAUUGGACAAGUGUUGCUGAGAGGCUGUAUCUAGAAGGCAACCUGUGGACAUAUAUGGCCCAACUAUUCAUGAUCUAUGGGCCAGAGGCUAUUUACCUCGGAGACCGUCUGCGGUCAUGGGUACGACCCGAGGCGAGAGUCCCAACACUUCCCCCGGAUUUUCAAGGACCAGCCGGAGCAGUAAUCAACCUACAGGCAUAG